GGGAGCGCACGGGGCGGCAGCCACGCAGCUGGCUGUAAUCCCGCCUCCCGCCAGCCAUGGCUCACUUGAGCUCGCCUAGCGGCUUCGGAGACCCGAGGGAGGAGAAUGACCAGAAGGAAUCAGAGGAGGGGUCAGAGGAGGAGGAGGUGGAGGAGGAGGUAGAAGAAGUGGAGGAGGAGGAGGAAAAGGAGGAAGUCGAAGACGUGGAGGAAGAGGAGGAGGAGGAAGAGGAGGAAGAAGGGGAGGAGUUGGUGGCGGAAGAGCAGGAGUUGGAGGCCCCGGAGACGUUCAGCGAUGAGUACCUCUGGAAGGUCGUGGACAUUGGUGACGACGAGGACUUCCCAGACGUGCGUUCCCGCUUGGCCAGCAUCGUCAGCCCUAGCCUGAGCUCGACGCCCGAGCCCAGCCUCAGCGCGACCAGCACCGAAACGCCGAGCGCGAGCCUGCCCUCCAGCGCUUCCUCCCAUAAAAGUUUCCCUAAAAUAUUUCAGACGUUUAGGAAAGACAUGUCUGAAAUGGGUAUAGAUAGAAAUAUGAAUCACAAUUUGUCUUCAGGAAUUCCAAUAUCAGUACAAACAGAAGAAAGCUGGCUUCGAGAUUUGUCUGAUAAAGCGCAAUCGAGUGAAAAAGCAUCCAGGAAGAAAACUGAACCUGAGUCUCUGGCAUCUAAGUUAAGAGAAAAAUGGGUAAUUGAUCCAGAAGAGCCAAAACUAAAUAUUUUAUAUGAGCUGGAGUUUAAGGAAGACUUCAUGACACUGUUUGAGCCUUCUCUGAGAACAUUACCCAGCAUCGGACCACCUUCCAUUCUGGCAUACAAAGAAGAGAGGUCCAAUCUAGGCCUUAACUUCAAGGAUGAAGAGGAGGAGACAUCACCUGAAUGUGAAUUUUGUGGAAGCGAUCUAAGACCAUUUUUUUCUAAUGUGGAUAUUUGCUCUGAAGCAAAAGGGCAUGCCUCCUGUUGUAUUGCUUUCCAAAAUCUGAUUGACUCUAUCUAUGAGGAGCAAAUAAAAAUCAAACCCCCUAAGGCUGAAUUAAUCGCUAUUAACCCUCAUGCAGCCCAUGGCAGUGAGGUUGACAGAUUGAAGGCAAAAGAAAAAGCCAUGCAAAGGAAACAGGAGCAACGAAUGGCCAGACAUUUUGCAAUAAUAUCAAGGGAACAGACUCAUUUCUCUGAAGAAGAUUCAAAGCGCUUAAAAACAAUUUCUUAUCAACUUUCUGUGGAUAUUCCAGAAAAACCAACAAUUGAUGACAUAAUAUUUGAUUUUCAACUAAAAAACAGUAACAUGUUCAUCAUUUGUUGUGAUUCUCGGAUGGCAUGUGGAAAGGUUGUGAGGAAUGAGCUCUUAGAGAAGCACUACAAACAUGGGAGCAAGUUUCUGACUUCAUUUCCAGAUGGGACAACACAAAUAUUCUAUCCAUCUGGAAACCUAGCCAUCAUUCGAGUGCCCAAUAAGGUAAAUGGUUUCACUUGUAUAGUCCAAGAAGAUAUGCCCACUAACCCUCCUAUCCUGGCAAUACUGGAUUCCUCUGGCAGAAGUUCCUGCUAUCAUCCCAAUGGAAAUGUCUGGGUAUACGUCAAUAUCUUGGGAGGUCAAUAUUCAGAUCAAGCCGGCAACAGAAUAAGGGCUUGGAAUUGGUCAAGUUCCAUCACUUCCACACCCUUUGUUUCAUUUAAACCUGUCUUUCUGGCUUUGAACCGUUAUAUUGGAGUCCGAAUCCUAGAACAAGACAAGAUUUCUGUAACUUUUCUAGCAAUGGGCCAACAGGCAAGAAUCAGUGUUGGAACCAAAGUGGAGCUACCAAACCCUGAGGAGAUUCCAAUCCUCCGAUAUGCGAGUGGAGAUGACCUUCUUCUGCUGGCCAGUUUAAUAAAGAUCCGUCGCCUGUUUCACAAACUGGAAGGAUGUGUGAAUUUUCCCUCAAGCCAGGUUUGGGAAAAAUUAAAGCAACCCUCCUACCUUUCUUCACUUUCUCUAAAACUAAUUGCCCUCUGUCACAGUUCUGGUAUAAAGCAAGAUAUAAUGAAGACAAUAGCAAAUAUAAUAAAUGAAGAAAUUUAAUUAAGAA